AGAAGUCCAGGGCGUAAUAGUUACCGCUAGACGUCGCUAUAAGCUACUGUUCUUGUUGCGUUUGAGAUGUUUCGAAUCUAGGGCUCAGACGCCCCGAGUCUGUCAAACAUUGUUCCCGCAUGUGAGAGAACAACUCGUGACCGAAACUAAAAGUUAUUUCUUCACGACUGAAAGCAGGUAGAAGAGUGCUCAAAGAGUAUUCGGGCUUUCUCGUGUCACGAGAGUCACGAACGCGCUAAGUUCUAUUCAAACUGUCUAAGCGGCCGGUUGUAACUUUUUGCGCUAAAAAAAAAUUAAUUUUUCUCUUUAAAAAUGGAUUACGCGUGUGCCAAAUUUCAUCUACCGUGUGUUCGACAUAAAAGUUUAAGUGUUGUGGAAACAAAAAAUGUGAAAAAUUUUAGUGGUGAUGAAGUUUUGCAGAAGAAAAAUGUUCGAAUUAGCUGUGGAGAUGGAUUUUGUUGUGCUAUUUUACUUUUUAUUGGAGGAACUGAAGAAAGUGUUACAAAUUAUAUGGUGGCUAAAAAAAAUAAGAGAAUUGUAAUUCCUAAUUACAAAGGUUUGGAGUCUGCGUCCUCUGAUACAGAAACUGACCUUGAGAAUCAAAAGAAGAACCUUAAACGCAAGAUGAAUAAAAAUGAUGGUGAAAACAUUUUGCUACAAAAGCUGGCAAAAUUAAAAUCAGUAGGUGAAACAUCGGCCUCAAAUAUGACAAAGCCCGAAACCGAAAUGCAUAUGACUAUAAGGCUGUAGUACGCGUGGUUAAACUAGCUACUUCUGAACCACCAAUAAAUGAAGUAAAGAAAACAUCAAAGGAAAUUCCAAAAGAAGAUGUACAAUCUGAAGGUUCAACAGUUAAUGCAUUAAAAUUAAAAUUAAAAGAGAAGGAACAGCAGAUUAAGAAAUUGUUGCUAGAGAAUGCUAAGCUAAAAAGUCAAUUGCGUGAUGAAAUGGAUCAAAAAAAUAUUCUAUUUUCUUUGAAUGUUGAGUUACAAAGGAAAGUAAUAGGGCAGUUUUCAAAUAUACAAUCAAAUUUACAAGAUUUGACUACGGAAGUAACAGAAGUAGCAAACGCAAGUGGAAAGGAAUGUGCAGAUAAAAGCGGUGCAAUUCGAGGAGAAGAGGUAACAAUUGAAAUUCAUUUGGGCCGUAAUAUUUGGAUUAAAAAGACAUGUUAUGAUGCAAUAGCAGGAAGGUCCCGAAUGACACCAUCUUUAUUUGUUAAGGAAAUUGCAAUCACAGUAUUUGGAAUUGAGGCAUUACGUGCAAGCACAGUGACAGGUGGCUUAUCCAAUAGAAUAAAAAAUAAGUUUCCUAAUGCAAAACCACCCUCAAAGUUGGAUCCUAUUAAAAUAAUGGCAAUUAGAGACAUUACCUCCUUUUGGAUUAAAAACAUUUUAAAAAAAGAUGCCAAUUUUGCCGAAAUGGAGAAACUAAAAGUUACAAAUUAUAUAUCUCACAAAAUCUCAGAGCUUAAGAAAAAAGAUAAAAAAUUACAGAAUAUAAUUGGAAGUGAAGAUAAUGAAAAAAAUGGGGUUUUGGAGAAUAAUUUAGAUCCAGAAUUAAGUGAUGAAGAUUUGGAAGAUGAUAUGCAACUUGUAGAUCAUAUAACAGAUCAUCCAGAAGGAAAAGACCAUCUUGAAAGUUUAGAUCUGAACAACGAUGAUGAAGAUAUGGAGAGCCUCCAUAGUGAUAGUGUGUAAUACAUAAUAAGAAUAAUAUAUAUAAAAUAAAUUCUAAUAUAAAUAACAGCUAAUGACAAAAUUGUUUUUAGUCAUUUAUUUAUCUAUAUAUUUUAUAAAGAA